AUGAAGAAAGGACCAGAAAGUGGAGCCUGUCCCCUUGCUGCUCCAGGCAAUUUAGUGGAGUCAAAUCCAGAAAGUAACAGCAGCAAUGGAGCCUCAGCAAACGAGAAAGACAUGCUUUCCUCUCCUGGAGAACUGGAAAACGCACAGCUGAAACCCAACAGAGAAACGCCCAGAAAAAAGCUCUGUGGCUAUUUAAAUAAGCUGGGCAUCAAGGGACCGAUCAAGACCUGGAAGUCUCGCUGGUUCUUUUAUGAUGAAAACAAAUGUCAUUUACUGUACUACAGAACUGCACAGGACAUCAACCCUUUAGGGUUUAUCGAUCUCUCCGGCGCCAGCUUCGACUGCAAAGUUGAAAAUGGGGAAGGAGUUUUUGAGAUCAGAACACCAAGCAGAGUUUUUACCUUGAAGGCAAUUAGCAGACAGGCGAUGAUGUACUGGCUGCAGCAGCUACAAAUGAGACGUUGGGAAUUUUGCAACACUCAGAGCAGAUUUCCUGCGGGCAGCUCCCAGCUGGUGAAUGAGCCUCUGACUGCUGAAACAAAUGUUGACAAUGAGGACUUUCUGCCUCCAGUGAAAACACCAACAGAGGCAGUGGGUUUAAAGGCAGCAUCUUUGCCUGCACCUCAGACAUCUACUGCUCUUCCGAACAUCUCCCUGAAACACCCUUGGACAGAGAUACAAAACACUGUCUACAGUAUCUGUGGCUCCAGGCACCUCUGGGGGAACAAUGGGAACGUCUUUAGCUUCACUGAAUUCCAGGAGCAUUCUGAGAACCCGAAUGAGGAGCAAGAGGCAGAAGUGGAGACAGGGUGUGCAGUUAAGGAGGGGACCCCAGAGGAUGGUAAGAUGGAGCCCAGGCUGAACUGGGUUAGGAAAGCCAGGUGGAUGACCAGUGGCUUCCCAGGCUUGCCUGAAGAACUGUCCAGGGAGAGGAACACGAUGGAUAAAGUGAGUGUCCUACAGCAACAGAUCUUGACACUUAAAGAGGAAGUCAAGUCACAGAAGGAGCUGGUUAAACUUCUACACAAAGCUCUGGAGGCAGCCCAGCAGGAGAAACGAGUAUCUAGCAUGUAUCUCACUGCAGCAGAAGAUAAGGACAGGCUGGAGUUAGUGCGCCACAAAGUGAGACAAAUUGCAGAUCUCACCAGUCGACUGGAAGUUCUUGAGCAAGAGAAGAAGGAACUGGAGCAGCUGCUGACUCUGAGGGACAGCCACAUCCAGGAACUCAAGGAGCAUGUGCAGCUUCUGAUGGAGAAGAACCAUGCCAAACAGGAAGUCAUCAUGGCCUUGACAGAGCAGAUGGCCCGAGAGCAAACUGACCCCCUGCAAGAAGCCAAUGCCAUCACUGCAGAAACACUGUAUAAGCAACAGGAGGAGAUUGAGCACCUGAAGGAUGAUAUUGAUGCAUAUAAAACCCAAAAUCAAUUUCUCAACUCAGAGAUCCACCAGGUUACUCGACUCUGGACGAGUGUUGCUGAGAAUGAAAAAGCCCUUCUAAUGAAG